GUCAUCCGUGUUAUGAGUUGUACCGUUGUUAUCAUUUACGAAGUACUAAGUGUCUUUUUUAUCAUAAAGACUAUGUAUGCUAUCACAAAGCUUGCUUAUAUAAAGGCUCAAAAGUUUUGGAAAGAAACAGGAUUGGUAGUUUUUGUAGCCAUCGAUUGCCUCCUUGGUGCGGUUGAUUGCAUCUAUGAAACUGCUGAUCUAUUCGGCUUCAAAAGUAGUAGCAACCCAGUUUUCCAAUAUAUUAAUGGAAAUUACGCUCUUCUUCUAUUUCUUAUUGUAUCGAUGAAUUCCUACAGUAUCACGUUUUUGAGUGGCGAAGUACGAGCAGAGUUUGUCAAAUUCUUGUUAUGCUGGCGAAAAAAGGCGCCACAAAAGCGUAUCGCAUUUUCUUCAUCUCCAUCUCGUAUAGAUGCAAGUUAA